AAAGCCCCGGUGGUUCACAUUCUGCCACUCUGACAAGUAAAUGGCGUAAACUUAAAGUACCACGUCGAUGUAGAAGGCGGAGAUGAGUUUGUUUCUGCCGAAGUUGGCGUCCAAGAAGGAGAUCGACGCCGUUAUUAAGAAUGUCGCCGAAAAAGUUUUAGUUCUGCGAUUUGGCAGAGAUGAAGAUGCGGUCUGCAUGCAGCUGGAUGAGAUUUUAUCGAAGACCGCCCACGACCUGAGCAACAUGGCCUCGAUUUACUUGGUCGAUGUGGACAAGGCACCGAUCUACACGCGCUACUUUGACAUCAGCUACAUCCCCUCCACCGUGUUCUUCUUUAACGGGCAGCACAUGAAAGUGGACUACGGGUCUCCUGACCACACCAAGUUUGUCGGCUGCUUUAAAACUAAGCAAGACUUCAUAGAUCUCAUUGAGGUGAUCUACCGUGGAGCCAUGCGAGGGAAGCUUAUUGUCCAGAGCCCCAUUGAUCCCAGAAACGUUCCCAAAUAUGAUCUCCUGUACCAUGGAAUUUAGACCCUCUUUGAUACCUCUCUGGGUUCCAGUGACACAGGGUCCUGUGUGUGCACACCUUAACGGCAGCAGCGGUGCUUUCGUACAGAAAUCGCUGCCAUGAAUUGAAUGGAGUGAAGAUGGAGACCACUGUCAGUUGCUCAUUAUGUCAGUCCCAGCAACCACAGAGCUCCCAAAGCAAAAGAAGCAGAAGAGUUUGUGCUUUGGUAUGUCCUUGGGUUUAGAUCAGAGUCACUGUGCGAGCAGUCUGUGUGUACUCUGUUGGUGUGCAGCGUACAGUGUACAGUGAAUGUGUACGGCGUACAGUGCUGUGAAUGUGCUGUAGGGAGUGGUAACAGGCUCCUGGAUUAGCAGGGAAUAGAAACAGCCUUCAUAGACUGUUUACAGUCUCCCUGGGUGUACAGGUGGGGGUUCAGUGCAGUAUGUGUAACACAGACAAGCACAGUAUUAUAACUACAAAUGUUUAUUAAA